AUGUGUCUGAUAUUGAGAAGUAUCCACAGUCAGAUACAACAUUAGAGAUCAGUAGAGUCAAUGAAAUGGACGAAGGAGACUACCAAUGUCGAACAGAGAAUGCAGCUUACAAUGGAAAUGAAGGAAAGCUAAGUAAUAAAGGAACACUGUCAUUGUUUAGUCUCACUUCUACAUCAACAUCCUUAGCCAGUUCUUUCACCAUAGUCACAUCAUCAACAUCCGUAUCAAGUAUUGCAGUCACGGUACCACUGAAAUGUUCAGACUCAGAUGCUGGUCUUCUUGUUGGAAUGACGUUUUUAGGUUUCUUCUUCGGAAUCCUUUUGUCUUUAUCUAUAUUUUGCGUCCUCAGAAAGAUGAGAAAUUCAAAGGCACAGGUGAGAUACCAACAGGAUAGGAAUAUUACCCGUCUCGAGGGCAAAGUCAAUUUUGGGAGGAUUGAGCAGUGCUCCAUAUUG